UUCUCCUUACACUAGACUGAAGUGAUGAAGUGUCAGUUGUUGGUAUAAAAAACGGUAUUCGUACAAAAUGCUUCCCCAGAUUAACGCGAUUGGUGUUUGCUUAAUGAUUAUUAUUAUCCUGUGUGGGAUCGACGGUGAAAAUGAUGCAACUAGCAGAGGAAAUGAAAUAAAUAGCAGUGGCAAUGAAAUAGAUCUAUCUAAAUGUAGAAAUAUAACAACCAACAACGACUCCUAUACAUUUUAUCCAGUUGAAGACAUAAAAAAUGAGGGAGGAUUUUUCUUAAGAUUCAACGUAAAAGCUGAACGCGGUGUUCAUAUCAUGUUUUCUCCAACGAACCUAACUGCAAACAGUAAUCACAAAGGUUUUGAAGUAGUUAUACUUGUAAGUGUUGGCGAGGACAAUGCCACAUCAGUAAUACGAACAACUCAAGGUUCAGAAAAAAAUACAUUACAUACACACUAUGAAAUGAACAUGGUUUCAUCUGAUGAAUGGCGUCAAUUUUGGAUUCGACUCACCUCAGAUGGAACCUUAAUUGAAGUUGGAAAGAAAGGCAGCAUUCCGUUCAUGUCUUCGAGAACGGAGCCUCGGUUAAUCGAGUACUAUGGAUUCGCCAGUGAUAACAUUUCCGUUAACUAUGCGUUUCUGUGUUUUGACAGGAAUAACAUAGAUAUUUCCCAGUAUAGAACUUUAACAACCUACGAUGAUGGUUACACAUUUUAUCCGAUCGAAGAAAUAAAAAAUAAUGGCCCAAUUUUUCUUAAAUUCAUGGUGGAAACUGAUCAAGACGCUUACAUUAUUUUUUCUCCAACAAAUGAAACUGUGAAGAAGGAUGAGAGAAUUUUCAAAGUAAUUUUAGGUGGAUAUACUACGAAUACGGUCCCUGCUAUUAAAACCACUGAACUCGCUGAACCCGCAAGUGAACAUUAUGACAAAGAUAUAUUAUUAUCGCCCGACGAAUGGCGUCCAUUCUGGAUUCGUAUUACACGUGAUGGAGCAUCAAUUGAAGUUGGAAAGAAUGCAAGUUCCGCUUUCAUGUCUUUGAAGACGGAGCCCAGGCCAAUCAAGUAUUAUGGAUUUGCAAGUAGUGGCAGUUUCGCUAACUGGGCGUUUCCAAGUGUCAAGGACAGUAAAACAGUAACAAAUGUGUGCAUUCCUUCACCAUGCGGUCCAAAUAGCGAAUGUAAACAAAAAGACAAUCGCGCAAUAUGCUCUUGCAAGAAAAAUCAGCUAGAUUCACCUUCAACGUGUAGAUUUGAAUGCGUUUUCAACUCGGAAUGCCCACAAAACAAAGCCUGCAUUGGAAAAAAAUGCCAAGAUCCGUGUGCUGGAAAUGGAAUGUGUGGCAAAAAUACAAGUACAACAUGCGAAGUAGAAAACCACGUGCCUAUAUGUAGCUGUAAACCUGGAUUAACGGGAGAUCCAUCAAUAGAAUGUGUUAAAGAAGAAGAUCUUCCUAAAUACAGAAGCUUAAAAACCCACAGAGGAGCAACAUUUUAUCCAAUCAGCGUUAUAAAAAAUGAUAACCAAAUUUUCUUGAAGUUUAACGUGAACAACGAAGAAACCGCUCGCAUCUAUUUUUCUUCAACAGUUGAACCCAUGAAGGAGGAUCAAUAUUUUGCAGUGGGUCUCCUUCCACGGGAACAGAUAGUGAAAAUCGAAUCAAAUCCACCAGUAUCAACCUUGAAUCUUGCAGAAAAAAAUUCACUAUCAAAUGAAAAAUGGCGUCCAUUUUGGAUUCGAAUCACCCCAGACGGAUUAAUUGAAGUAGGAAAGAAUAUUGGGGAACUUGCAUACAUGUCUCAAAAAAAUGAUCCGCUCCCAUGGCCAAUCAAGUACUUUGUAUUAGGUAGUACAGAUGUUUGUCACUGGAAUUUUGUAAGUUCAAAGGACACUAACAUAGAUCUUCUCCGGCACAGAACUUAUUUCUCAAAAACCGCUUUUUCCACACUUUACCCGAUUGCAGAUAUAAAUAAUGAUGACGGAUUUUUUUUGGAAUUCAACGUCAAAGCAUAUAGUUCCGCUCGAAUCAUUUUUACAGAAAAAAAUGAUCCUGAAAUAUCUUCUAUUUCACAAAACAAUACGAAGUAUCAAGGUCUAGAUAUUUUUCACGUAGUCAUAGAAAAAACGCAUUUAUCAAUCCGAACAACUCCUGCCGGAGAAGAACAAGUUAGUUAUGAUGAGGACAACCUUAUAUCAGUUGAAGAAUGGCACCCAUUUUGGAUUCGAAUCACAACAGAUGGAUCAUCAAUUGAAGUUGGAAAAAAUGGGAGACCUGCCCUUGCAUCAUUGAAAACGAAGCCUAGGAUAAUCAAAUACUUUGGUUUUUCUAGCGCCGGUCACUCAAAUUAUGCUUAUUGGGCUUUCCCACCCCAAAUAGCUAAAGUUCUUGUAUUUCUAUAAUUACAAGUGGCUCCCGAACAAAAAACUCUACAACUUCAAAUCAAACAAUUUGGUUUCUAUUUAAUAAGUCUACUUCAAUAUUUCAAAAAUUUGGAACUUUGUCAAGGAUAACAUUCUUCUGCAUCAUGUUACCGACAUUGGAUGCACAUAACACAACUUCCACUCAAGUAUCAGUAAAUCCAUUGGAGGCAAAUCUUCCAGCCGUUUAAAUCGUUCAAUUCUACAAUAAUUAAUAUCCUUUAGGUAAGUAUCAUAAUAAGUGCGCUUCUUACUUUUAUCAAAUCAUUAAGCUACAUACCUAGGUAAAUAAUGUUUAUUCAUUCAUGUAUUUUAUUCAAUUUUAAAUAAUGUAAUUUAUCAAAAUUAAUAAUAAUACAUAUUAUAAUUUCAAA